AAAAAAUAAUUCACUAUGUUUCUAAGAAGAGAGGGAGAAGAAAGACGUAGGUGAAGGGGAAAGGGUUCUUCAAAUACAUGGUCUUCAAUCAAUUGAAUCGGUGGAGAUCGAGACGCAUGGCAGUCCAUUGACGUAGUCCGCUUUCUUCCUCAACAAAGCAAUCACGCUUUCCAUUGAAUCAAUUUGUAAUCUGCUUCGACUUAGACUUGGCUUCAAUUUCUGAUUCUAUUCGUUCGAUUGAAUCAAUUUGUAAUCUGUUCUAUUUGCAUAGGCCCUUUCGAGGUUCUUCAAAGCCACACGCUGAACUUUUGUUGCCCCACUUGAGAGACUAAAGUUGGAAUAUAUGUUUCGUGGUGAGCAGAAGAUUCUUUUUGUGCUAAUUAAGGCAAUUGCAGCUUCUCAAGGUCUGAAAGGGUUUUGGAAAGGAAAUUUUGUCAAUAUUCUCUACACGGCUCCUUUUAAGGCUGCCAACUUUUAUGCUUAUGAUACAUAUAGAAAUCAUCUGCUCAGGAUGUCUGGGAAUGAGGAAAUAACCAAUUUUGAAAGGUUCCUUGCUGGUGCUAUAGCUGGAAUUACUGCUACGGUGCUUUGCAUACCUAUGGACACGAUUCAGUUCAUGUUAUUUCUGUUGUUCGUCAGUCAAUUGCUUACAGAACUUGUUGGUGGCAGACAAAUUUAUCAGAAUGUGAAGGGCCAGAGAAGAUUGUUAUUCGACGUUAUAGUGAUUUUAUUUGGUUACGUGAUCAUCUUUUUGAGAAGUACAAGGGUAUUUUCAUUCCUCCACUUCCAGAGGAGCAUUGUAGGCUUUUCCAGCAUUUAAAAACAAGUCAUGCUAAACGUUUCAGAUCAGGAUGAAGAUGGUAGCACCUGGUGGGGAAGCAUUGGGUGGUGUGAUUGGUGCUUUCCGCUACAUGAUCCAAAAUGAAGGAUGUUUUUCUCUUUACAAGGGCUUAGUGCCCCUCAAUUAUAAGCAUGGCACCUUUAGGUGCUAUUUUUACGAUGUUUGUGAUAUAUUGAAGUCAGCUUAUCUGCGUUCAACAGAAGGAAGGAAAAGAAUUCAACACCUGAAAGAACAAGUAGAGGAACUUAAUGCUUUGGAACAACUGGGUUUAGGUGCCUUAGCACAUACAUUGGCACCCUCGUCCUGUGAUAGGAGCAAGGGGGUUUGCUGCAACUGCAACUGCAACUGCUAUAGGAACUAUGGCCGAUAGUUUUAGAUAAUCUUUGAAUAGUUUUGGAUAUGUUUAUAAGCAUAGUUUUGAAUGGUUUAAACUUUUUGGACAGUUUAGAACUUAAAGAUAUAGUUUUUGAAUGUUUGGAAAGUAUAGAUAAUUGUUGGAUAUUUAUAAUUUAUGGAUAUAGUUUCUUUUUGAUGUUUCAAAUAAUAUUUUGGUGGUUGAUUGAUA